AUGACCAUACCUGUCCAUGUUGUUGUGCUAGGUGGUCCGCAAAGCGGCAAAAGUACUCUCAUCGCUCGCAUGAACAAGAACGUUUAUAGGCGAGCUGGCGAUCGACGUGUUUUUCGGUUCAGUAUGGCGGAUUGUGGCGAUGAUGUCGAGUUUGCCAGUUCAUGCGAAGGUUCACACUUUGUGUUAUCUACAUUCGACCUCAUGGAAGGGUACGCUGGUCUGUCGCAGGCAGUGGUCUUGGGUCGCAAGGUCUUGGAAACAGCUCACACCUUGCAGAUAUGGCUCGUUGGCACCAAGCUGGAUCUCAUUCCACAAAACUAUUCUGAUAUGGACCUGGAGGUUCGCCAAUAUGCUGCAGAAUGUCCUUGGCAAUACGACAUGCGUUUCGUAGCUGUGAGCAGUGUCACUAAUCAAGGUAUUGACAAUCUCAAAGAACUCAUCGUAAACCAUUCGCACCCCAUCGAGGAGAGACGGUCAACUGCAGUCAUUAUUCAUACCUUGGUAAAUUGGUUUCUAGGCCACGUAGCAACAACAUUUUCGCUCCCGGUACCAGGAAACAAAGAGACACCUGACCCAGUUGAGUUAGACGACGCCAAAGUAGACGCUCUCUUGGAAACCCCCGAAGCCGUUGCCUGGGACGAUAAGCUGAAAACCUACUCGACCUUUUGGAAUGCCAGCACUGUUCACAAAAUCACGCCUUCACUAGUAGUUAAACGAUUUACGCGCACGGAGCUGGAGAACAUGCUCUACGUGCGCAGACACACAAAAAUUCCGGUCCCGCAGCCGCGUUGCCUCAAUCUCUCGGACUGGCUUGCGAUGGAUCUCGUGGAUGGCCAGAUGCUGGUUGACUGCUGGGAUUCUCUGUCUUUCUUCAUGCAGUUCCGUGUUGCAUGCACUCUCCGGUCAUAUAUCUCCCAGCUCCACCAAUUGACUCGGGACGUUCCUGGUCCGGUAGACGGCGGGUCAUUCAGUGGUGCUCUAUUUGAUGAAACAGAAUACGGACCCUUUCCCUCCUCCAGAAGCUUUCGGCUGCGGUGCGAGAUGAUUGCCCAUAUUGGGUGGGCCCGUUACGUGCGACACCUUAGGUCGGAGCAAAGACCUAUUCCACCCCCUCCGAUAGUCGGCGGCGAUUGGUCUCUUUCAUUCGUGCACGCCGAUUUGGGCCCAUCAAAUAUGAUCCUGUCGAAAGAGGGCGUGUUAUGGAUCAUCGACUGGGCGGAUGCCGGAUUUUUCCCUCACUGGCUGGAGGCGGUGGGGAUGCAGAGAUACUUUGAUACUCCCAGAGUCCCGAAGUCAUGGAGAUGGCUGCAAUGGUUUGUCACUGGGUCCUGCCCUGCCUACAAAAAUUUGUGGGGAUACUUCAUGGCUGAUGCACACAGAUUUUGA